UGAAACCCAUCACUAUAAAUUAACUCCACAAGUCCAUUUCUGAUCUCUAUGUAUCUGAAACCUUUGCAGCAUUGAUCUCGGAUCGUUAACUAAACGAUGACAUCGUCACUCGUUAUCGUUGGUCGGGUUAUACUAUUCCUCACAUUCCUCGCCCUGGUCCAGUCGUCAAAUGCCGUCUACAAUGUGGUCAGUUACGGUGCAAAAUCCAACGGGCGAACCGACUCCGCGCUAGCGUUUUCCAAGGCAUGGUCAGCAGCAUGCCGCUCCACGGUGCCUGCCACCAUCUAUGUGCCCCGAGGGAAAUUCCUGCUGGGAGCGAUAGUGUUCAGAGGCCCGUGCAGAAGCAGGGUCACAUUUCGGAUGUACGGCACGCUGCUGGCCUCGUCGAACUACUGGAGCCUUGGGAAUAGCAACGACUGGAUCCUGUUCCAGUACGUGAACAGGCUCUCGAUCCAUGGCGGGACCCUGAAUGCCCAGGGAGCCACCUACUGGGCUUGCCGGAGGUCUGGGAAGAGCUGCCCUACCCCUGCCAAGACAAUCUCGUUCCAGAGGUCGAGCAAUGUUCUGGUGAGCGGCCUGACUUCAUUCAACAGCAAGAUGUUCCACUUCUUCGUGGCUCGCUGCACAAACGUCAGGAUCCAGGGAGUGAGGAUAUUCGCCCCGAGCUGGAGUCCCAACACCGAUGGCAUUCACGUCCAAACCUCGAGUGGCAUAACCAUCACCUCCUCCUUGAUAAAAACCGGGGACGACUGCAUCUCAAUGGGCCCCGGCUCCAAGAACGUUUGGAUUGAUCGGAUCUCUUGCGGUCCCGGACAUGGAAUCAGCAUAGGGAGCCUUGGGCAGUAUGCCAACGAAGAAGCGGUUCAAAAUGUGACGGUCAGGAACGUAGUGUUCACAGGAACUCAGAACGGAGUUCGAAUCAAGUCAUGGGAAACAGCUUACCCCGGCUCCGUCACUUCGGUUCAAUUCAGGAACAUCAUCAUGAGAAACGUCUUCAAUCCCAUCAUAAUCGAUCAGGAGUAUUGCCCCAGUAACAUAAAUUGUCCAAACAAGAGUUCGGGGGUGAAGAUAAGUCGGGUGACAUACAAGAACAUAAAGGGGACAUCGGCCACGCAAGUAGCAGCAAGCUUCGUAUGCAGCCCGAGCAAUCCGUGCCAGGGCAUCAAAUUACGCGAUAUCAAUCUCUCUCACCACACAAGGAAACUCGCGGUCACUUCUUAUUGUAAGAACGCUAGAGGAAGCACGUCGGGCCCCGUUCUCCCAAGAAGUUGCCUCACAUGAACACAAGACAUUCAAAAUUAUGAGAAAAUCCAAACAAAGCAAUAGUGGCUAUCACAGUUAAUCUAGGGUUACGCAUAAAGAAACCCGUCUAAUAAUCGAUCAUAUAUGUAUGUGUAAUUUCUCAUUGCAUUCUUUCAUUGCCAUCUCUUCCAAAGUGAAUCGUAAUAUAUAAUUAAAUAUCAAUUCGCUUGAAUUA